AUGCGGCUAUAUUGGUGUACCGGCAAACGGCAACUCGCGUUUAUUUGCCAAGCCAACAAGGAUGCUAUGGGUACCAACCAAUCAGAUUACAGAAAAUCGUCACAUGGUUCACAUGCUGCUUCGAUGAUUUCAUCGACAACACAGGGUAGAACUGAUGAGUCUACCACUGCUCCAUGGCGUACGUCACCACCAGCCUCCACCACCUCCACCACCCUGCCCUCGCGGAUGCAUCCCACCGAUCCUCCAACUGCAGUUGAUUUUAAGCCCAACUCUUCAACCACUAUUCCGACCAAGGCAUCCACAACCAACAUAACGACAGCAAUCGAAGCUGGUACCAGUGGCACAACAGUCACCACCACGCCAACACAGAGACAGAGUAAUACUACUGUAGAAACUAGCCAACCUACAACCGUAUCGGCUACCACAACCAAUGUAGCUACCACAACAAACAUGAUCGCCACAACUGCAACGAGCACUACAACUGCCAGGAGCACUACACCUACCAAGAGCCCCACAACUACCAGGAUAGCCAUAACUGAAAUCCCCACCCCUGAAUGUAUCUUCUCCACGAACACCUUCGAUAACAUCCAAUUCAAGUUCCCAAAGAUCCUCACCUUCCCCCUUCAUAUUGAUGUCUCCUUCAAGAUGGAGAAGAACGCCAGGAUUGUUCUGACUCGAGAUGAGGCCAAAGAACAAGACCAGGAAUAUUACGAGAUCACACUGGGUACUCUGUAUAAACAAAGCCGCGCGACCGUAGAACAUUGUAGACCGGGUCCAGGUUGUAGUAAGCUUGAAACCGCAGUCAACGGAUUUUUGCUAUCUGCGAACGAUUUCAUUCGGGUGUGGGUGGAGUACGAAACCAGCGGUCGAAUCCAAGUCGGAUACCACGGACAACCGGCUAUGAUAGACUUUACCGAUAGAGAUCCGAUCCCUGAUAUAGCUUACAUCGGAUUCGUUAACAAGCAAGUGCUUGCUGAGUGGAUAUUUCAUGACUACUGCUAA